CCUUCCCCAUGGCCGCCUCGCCCUCCCUCCACGCCCCCCGCCUCCUCCCGCCGUCGCGGAACGGCAGCUCGGCGGGGACGGACUGGUGCCCGGUGCCCCCGAAGCAGCGGCCCGUGAACGAGUACGAGGCGCUGGCCGCGUCACUGCCCUUCUCCUGGGCGGCGGGGGACCUGGUGCUCUACUACUCCCGCCUCGCCUUCACGGGGGCAACCUUCGCGCUCUUCAUCGGCCUCCCCGUCGCGGCCUUCGGCGGCCGCGGGGGCGCCGGCGGCGACGCCCUGCACCUCGCGCUCGGGGCCACCGGCUCCGGCAUCCUCGCCGUCACGCUCGCCGUCGUGCGGAUGUACCUCGGCUGGGCCUACCUCGGGAACCGCACGCGCUAGCUGUCGCUGGUGGUGGAGGAUUUCUGUUCUAGAAUGGGAGGAGAUCGGGGGAAAGAACAACCUGAGACAUUCCCCUGCAGUUGACUCCGACGUGGUUCGCUGUGUUGACGCCGUCAUGACGCCGUCGGAGGAGAGCUCAGAUCCAAUCGCCCAGUAAGACACGGUUUAGAAUAAUAAUCGGGGUAAUAAUCUUUUAGAAAGGUAUUUAGCGGGAGGGUUAAAUAUAGGCUAUUUUUUUGGUGGGAACUUUUAGCGGAAGCUAAAUUUUUUUGGCGCAAAUUACACUACAUCUAAAUUAAGUGGUGGUAAAGUAAUUUUAUUGUUUUGAAAAAAGUAAUUAUUUUUAGAGGGAAUGUUCUAGUUCAGCUACAUCCAUAUUUUGAUAAAUCUGAGAAAC